AUGGGCAGCCCGGCAAGUCCGUCAAUAGCCAUCACUGCAGUGGAUUUUGUAAUAUCGAAAGCAUUGGAGAAUUUGGACUUUGAGAUUCCAGUUUUAGCAGCGUAUGUUGAUGAUCUUUUCUUAGUGGUUCCAAAGAAUAAGGUGGUUACCGUCUUACAAGUUUUCAAUUCAGUUGAUGCUGACAUUCAGUUCACAGUUGAGAAUGAAGUUGAUGGAAAACUUCCUUUUUUGGAUGUCCUGGUAUGCAGAACAGAUUCAGGUGAACUCAAAACUUCUUGGUAUCAAAAACCUUAUAGUUCUGAGAGAGUGCUGAAUUUUAAAUCUAAUCAUCCUUUAAGCCAGAAGUUAGGUGUAGCACAAGGUUUUUUCAAUAGAGCUAUACGCCUAAGUCAUGAGAGUAUGGUUUCUAUAAGUAUAAACAAAGUUAGACACCUAUUGCUGAAUAACAACUAUCCACGCUCAGUUGUGGAUAAGUGUCAAAAAGUUACUGUUGACAGAGUCAAGAAUAACUUGAGAAACAAUGCUGGUCUUAGAGGGUGGUCGUUCUGCAGGUUUCCAUUUAUAAAGGGUUUAUCACCGAGAAUUGGUUCUCUAUUUAGACCGACCAAUUGCAAAUUGGUAUUUUACAAUGUCUUUAAGGUUAAAGAUUUGUACAGCAGGUUAAAAGAUCCAGUUGAUAAGAUGGAUAGAUCCUUUGUGGUGUAUAAGAUACCUUGCACAUGUGGAAAGGUUUACAUUGGGCAAACGAAACAGAAAUUAAAGAAGAGAUUGUAUCAACAUUCUGUGGACUGCAGACCGGAAAGUUUGUUGAAACCGAACAGGACAGCUUUAGCAGAUCAUCACUUUGACAGGGAACAUAAUUUCCAGUUUGACGCUACAGAAAUUUUGGAUUAUGAAACCCAUUAUUUUAAACGUAACGUCAGUGAAAUGUUUUUCAUUAAAGUGUUUGAUUGCGUAAAUUACAGGUCUGACACUCUGAGUUUGAGUUCUUCUUACUGUGACAUUAUUGAGUCGGUUAAAUGUUUAUUUAGAUAG